AUGGCUACUCCGUAUUUGAAGAAUUCGCUACAAGCGGAUUGCCAUCAAAGUCUGAGCCAAUCCAUUCCGCAAGGUAACAUAUCCUCAUCCACAAGUACGGCGAGUGUUCCUGACACCAAGCCAGAGCUGCUGGAUUCGCUCAAUGAGCCAUUGGAGGAUUUCGGAUCGAACCUGGACUAUCUGUACGAUUUUGUCCCGGAAAAUGAUGAAGUGCACACACAGAACUUCCCGGAACUACCCCCCGCGGAUGGUUUCGAAGACUUCAUUGACCCUGCACUCCAGAAUGAAGAGUCUUCAGAUAUUUCUACGCUUCAAGGACAAUCUAGGUACCACGACUAUCCCACAUACAAUACAAACAAGCCCCUGUUGUUCCAGUCUCCCGACGGACCGUUCAUGGCACUUCGGCCGCAAUCUACGCAACCAAGUCAAGCUCAACCUGAACUCUUCGCAUUGCCUCAGGACCUGAACCCGUACGCCCCCCUCUACCCACACUAUCAGUUCCAAAGUCAAUACCCAGAUGCGGGCAUCAAUGGGCAUCAAGGCGCCCUCUCGAUUCCCCAAUACCCCCCGGUAUAUGAUCAAAAGGUACAACAACCUCCUUCUUCUAGCAUAGCUAGUGUGCCUCAAGCUAACCCGCAUGUUCAGCCCGCUCCUGGCAUCUGCAGGAAUUGUGGCUGUGUAGCUCAUUAUCCUCCAUGCCUCCUCCAGCCUCUCGCACACGCCAAGCCCGCCCAGAGUAUCCCAGCCCAAGUCUCCCAGCCAGAACGGAGAAAGUGGGCUCCCAAGACCAGAUGGAUGGACGAGGACGAGGAGAGCGACGAGUGUCAAGAAAUACCUGCCAAGAAGGGCAGAAAGAACGUCAGUCGUCUUGUAAGUCGUGUCGCCAAAUCGAAGACCACCAGAGUAAAGAAGAAGGUCCAGAAAGAUGGAAGCACCAACAUCUUCCCCUAUCCUCCUUUCGGGGAGCUUCUUGAAUGGAGAACUGCGGAUGACUGCCACAUCUCCUACCUAUCAGCAGGGCAGUUCGAUGAUGAACUCCUGUUCACUGCCAAGGAAUUGCGCGACUACCUAGAGCAAUGCCCUCGAGAGCUCAAGAUCUGGCUCCAAAACAGUCCUUCAAAAUGCAAAGGAAGGCACAUUGACGCUGACGUGAAGUGUCGCUAUUCUGAAUGCCCAGCAAAGUACGGAACGAUCCUUCACGGCUGGCAUCGUGUCGCCUUUGACGAGUUUCCUGAAAGGACUAGUACGGGUAUCAAAGACCCCUACAAGAUGGCUGGUGUCAUGCAUCUUUGGUGUUUUGAGCAGUGUAUCGAUCCGCUUGAACCUAUCGAAAAGCAAAUUCUGCUCCCAGAUGACCGCGAGUUUGAACACGAGACAUCGAACCGUAUGGCGAUCACCAGAGACGACUACAAACUUGUCAUCGAAGGUGCCAUAAGGCCCUGGAUCAGAGAGCGUCGAAGGGUGGGAGUUACACAGGCUCCCUAUGCGAGACACGAGGAUACUCUUGCCUGGGCAUUAUGCAACUUCCACGUUAAGCAUCAAAACGGUUCCCGUGAUAAGACCCGCCAGAAGCGAAACGAAGACAAGCCAGACGACGAAAAGAAGUCGAUGGAUCUCAUCAUGGGUGAUCUUGCUGAGUAUCACAAGAGAGCAGAGCUUACCAAGUCCAGAAAGGGCAACAAGGGAGGAAUUAUACAAUCAAACAGCUUCGCAUCUAAGCCGGUUAACCCACCACAAGUCGGGCGACAGUCACCAGAGCGCAAAGAGAUUGCAGAGAAUGUGCCAGAAGAUCGGGUACAGGAUGUGAUAGAGGCGGCACCAUAUGAGUUGGCUCCCCUUUCCGAGGACGAGAUGUUUGAACUUCUCAAGGAGUUCAACCAGACCGGUGACACUGCUGCUCGUCCUAUUACACCGCAGAGCUUAGGCACAGAGGUUCCUAUGAGGGUGUCCUGUCCUCCUGCAGAGACUGCAACGAUGUCCAAUCAUCCUCUUGCUGAUCAGGCAAAGGUUUCUCCUGCAAUGAUUCAAGACAGCAUCACCAUUCCUGCUCCUGUCGUAUUUCAAGCAGGGGGUUCUCCUCUUGGAACGGGAUCUCUAUUUGGGUCCACCACUGGGAGUGUAUUAUCGACUGGGUCGCGCAAGCGUUCACGGGAAGAGGAGGCAGUUGGUACCCCUGAUGCUAAGAAGAGACGGCAGUAUCCUCCUGAUCCUAUCUCAGUCCAAGUAGGAGAUUCCCCUAUUGGAACGAGAUCUCUCUUCGGUUCCCCCACUGGAAGUGUAGCAUCAUCAACCAGGUCGCGCAAGCGUUCACGGGAAGAGGAGGCAGUUGAUGCCCCUGAAGCUAAGAGACGACCACCACCUACCUGGAGCACUGGCCCACCUAGAAGAAGAAGCAGGUAUUCUUUACCGAAACGCUCGCCCGCGAGGAGAGGUAGUGGACCGCUUAGGAAGAGGAUCUCUGUCUAG